AUGAAGUGGUCCAUAAUUUGUUUUAUGGUGAUCACAUCAUCAUCAGUCAACUCGGUAGCAUCAGUAGCUGGUAAGAAAUAUAGAACGAAAGGAGAGCCAGACAGUCCCAGGUGCUUUUUUUCCGAACCUACCACCGUACUAACCAACAUAAGAUCUGUUUUGGAAUGUUCUAUUGAAUGUGUUAACAACACCACGUGCAACGCAUUCAACUACAUAUCCAACAAUGCCAGACACCCAGCUAAAUAUUGCCAACUGUUUCAUUUCACUUGCGAUGUUCAUUACAAGAUUGUUUUGAACGAAUCUUAUUGCCUCGCUUACGAAGACGUUGCAGCUAAAGAAGCAUUAACACCACUGAACGGCAGUCCAACUCCGCCAAUUUGUUAG